AUGCUCUCUCUUUUACAAGUAACUAAAUCAAUUGCCCUCUCCUUUAAAAUCUUCCAAAGAAUAUUCAAUCAAUGUGAGAGGGCCAUGCUUCGGCGGGUCACGGAUUGGCUGGCUCGACCGAAGUUAUACAACGGCCGAGGAGAAAACCGACGUGAAACAACGCUUGUGUUGUGUUUCGUCGCGGCCAUACACAUAGUAGCAUCUCAAACGUACAUUCAGAUGUUCAAGAAUACAGAGCUGACGUUUAUAAAAAGAGUAGUCGUAUUUACGCCUUCAGAUGCAUCUCUUUAUCCACCAGCGCGAACUGAGGACGCAAAGAACGGAAUAGAGAGAAGUGUAAUUCAAGUAAAAAUACAACACAAGGUAAGACUAGAAAAAAUUAAGGAAAUAACUAAAUUUAAAGACGCAGGGAAACUAUGUAAAACACUAAAAUGGCAAUGGGCAGGGCAUAUGAUAAGAGAGAGGAAUAUGAAAUGGACAAAGACAAUAUCAGAAUGGUACCCCAGAGAUGGGAAAAGGAGCAAAGGGCGACAACCAAAACGCUGGGAAGAUGACCUAAGGAAAACUGCUGGACUAGAGUGGAUGAGAAUUGCGAGGGAUAGGGAAAACUGGAAAUCUUUGGAGGAGGCCUAUGUCGAAAGACAAGCUGGGGGAGCGGUGCGGCGCGAUAAUGCGCGGGCGCAGAUAAUACACAGCCGUCCCAACAUUGCUCUGACUACCGAAUUUAAGGAUUGUUGGGGAUUCAGGGAUUGGGGAGUAUAUGGUAAUGAGGGCUUCGAUAACCCCACUCACAUGACAAAACACAACGCAAGGAUUGUUUCACGUCGGUUUUCUGGCCUUGGUGUAAGAAUGGCGUCGGUGUGGAAGCGACUGCAGCGUGUGAACAAGCGAGCUGCCAAGUUCCAGUACACUGCCUCCUACCAUCGUGUAGAUCUUGAGACCUCGCCCAAAUGGAAACCAAACAAACUGAGCGUGGUGUGGACGAGGCGUUCCAGGCGGGUGAUCACGGAUCCAUUGGAAUGGGAGCCGUCGCUCAAAGAUCCACUCAAAGGGUCCGUCAUAUACACGGUGCCAGAGAAUCGAACGGUGGCCGUCACGCUGUUCAAGGACUCGCGCACCAACGAGCUGGAGGACAAAGACUGGACAUUUGUGCUUGAAGAUGUAUCAAUAACAGGCAAGCGUCGUCGCCUCGGCGUAUGUUCAAUAAAUAUGCGGAAGUUUGCAAGCUUGGAGCCCUCACAGCGCGCGCUGGUACUGACCCUGGAACCCACUACACAUAAGGUGGUGGCCAUGUCUCUACACCUCACUCUACAUUGUGUGCUGUUGAGGGAGGGGCAGGCUACCGAUGAAGACAUGCAGUCCCUGGCGUCUCUUCUGUCAGUGAACAAUAACUCCGACAUCGCAGUGUUGGAGGACCUCGACGAGGACGACUACACGUUGUCCGAUAAUUCGACUAGACAGAUGUUGGAUCUUCGACAGCAAAUGGAAGAGAUGACCCAAAGUUUAACAAACAGUGACAUAGCGGCGACCCCAAACAGCGUACAGAGUCUCAACUUCGACAAUUCCCGAACCCCAACAGCCCCCAUCACCCCAGAGACCACGACCCCAACCACACCCGUGCCUUCAGACCCCACGCCAAACGACAACGAUGUGACUAACGACCCCAUACCAAAAACAAGGCCAGAAAUGUUAAGCAAUCUCACUAAAAUGGUAAUGAAACCAGAACCUAAGUAUUUUUCGACCCCCAAAACGAAUAAUGUUAUUAAUAAUGAGCCUAAAAGUGAGAUAAAGGGGGUCGUUUUUAAGCCUAAGACGGUGGCCAUGAGGAAUCUGAAGCCUUUGGAGUUAAAGACAAAUUUGAACAGUAUUAAUUUGGAUAGAAAUGAGAAUGAGAAGGAUGAGGACAGUGAUAAGACUCCAACUGCUGCUGAUAUGGAGAAGCUGUUUCCUGGCAAGUUUGAUAAGGAUAAAACGCCGGUCCAGGACCUCCUGGAAUGGUGUCAAUCAGUGACCCGCGAGUAUCGUUCCUGUCGAGUGACCAACCUGACCACGAGCUUCCGCUCCGGCCUGGCCUUCUGUGCCAUCAUACAUCGGUUCCGACCUGAUCUCAUUGACUUCUCCGGCCUGCAACCUGACGAGGCGGAGAAGAACCUCCGCGUAGCUUUGGAAGCUUCCUCCAAGCUUGGCAUAUCUCAAGUACUGACUGCCGCCGACGUAUGUUCCAGGCAGAUACCUGAUAGACUCGCCAUAAUGACAUAUCUGUUUCAACUGCGCGCACAUUUCACCGGCAACGAAUUACAAGUAGAACAAUUAGGUAACGACGAGACGGAGUCGUCGUACCUGGUGGGUCGUCACGACACAGACGGCUCUAUACCACAGGAACUGUUCAGCAGGGAGAUCAGCACUCGACGGUCCAGGAAUAUGAUGGACAGACCACGGCCUGGGUCACAAGAAUCCCAAGAGUCCAGAGCUUCAGUAGACCGGUCUACUCCUGAACAACCGUCUCCGGGAGGAAGGAAGGAUGUCAGAGACCUCCUGCAUCAGUCGAAGGCUAUACUUGGCAAGGUCUUGUCUCCCGCUCGAGACCAUAAACCUAGUGCUAAGUGGUUCGCUGACCCGCUUAAGGUUAAUGAGCCACCCCCAGUGCGUCCGGAGAAGUUGAUGACCCGCAAAGAGUUGACGGAUCCAUUCGGAUCUGAUGAGGAGGAGGAAACGCAGGAGCCACCACCUCCAGCACCAACGAAUAAUGGAAACAAUGUGAAUAAUGGGAACAAUGAAAUUGUAGCACCCCAAUCAGACACGACCCCAUCAGAACCGAUAGUAACAACAGACCCACUAACUCAACCAGAACCGGAUAACCGGGUAACCGCACCACCGAAACCAACCACACCAGAAUUACCCAAACCGACACCGCAAUUGUUAUCGCGUCAUGAUGAGUUGAAAGAGAGAGCGAGACAGCUGCUUGAAGCAACGAAAAGAGAGGCGAGGGAGAAGGACAGAAAAUUGAGACAAAAAGAGAAAGAAGAGAAAGAGAAUGGACAUAGGAAUGGAGAUGUGAGUCCUAAAAAGCCAAUGACGGAGGAAGAGAGACAGGCGAUGUUGCGAGAAAGAGCGAGAAAACUCAUCGCUGAUGCAAGAGCUGGUAUUGUUAGUCCGACCUCACCUCUAUCUCCGUCGCGGAACUCCCGCUCGGGCACCGUCGAGAUCAUCAGCAAACAAUCCGUCAUGGAUGAAAUUGUUGCAGCGGGAGGCGUGGAACAGUUGGAUGCGUUACUCGGCCGGACGGACUCUCUGCCCUCUACUCCUGGCUCCAGGAAGAGCUCCGUCAGUCCUGAUAGAUCUGAGGAGCGUCACAGUUCAGACGGGCGCAGUAUAAAGUCGGUGUCGCUGAGCGCGGGGCGGCGCUCCCCGCUGCAGUCCUUCGCCGCCAUCGUCGACACGCUGCCCGGGGACGACCUGCACGACGCAGACGAGGGCAAGGAGUCUGGGUCGUACAUCCAGAGCGAGCUGGAGGCGCUGGAGCGGGAGCAGGGCGCCAUCGACGAGCGAGCCGCCGCGCUCGAGAAACAACUGCGACGCGUCAUGGAGUCGGCGGAUAACACAGAGGAGGAGGACCGUCUGAUGUCUCAGUGGUUCAACUUGGUCAACAAGAAGAACGCGCUGCUCAGGAGGCAGAUGCAGCUUAAUAUACUUGAACAAGAAGAGGACCUCAGCCGUCGCUGCGAGCUGCUGGCGCGCGAGCUGCGCCUGUCGCUGGGCGUCGACGAGUGGAGGAAGACGCCCGGACAGAAGCGCAGGGAGCGGCUCCUGCUGCAGGAAUUAUUAUCAGCUGUCAACGAGAGAGACAGGCUAGUACAAGAAAUGGAUGAGCAGGAGAGAGCAAUAGCAGAUGACGACGAAAUAGAACGCAAUCUAUCGCAAGUGGAAAUACAGAGAAAGAACAACUGUAUCCUACAGUGAACACCCUGUAUACAAUAUACAUGUCUAAUGAAACACCUGUACAUCGUAGUACACUUACUAAUAUAUGGUUUUACAUCAGUCGACUUGUGAGUAUUAAACUCGUUUUGAGUUGCAGAAGUGUCUCAGGUUCGAUUCUUGGGUCGGUUACUUUUGGGUUUUUCAAAAUUCUCAGUUAUGGUACUGUUUAAGUGUUUCAAAGAAUAUUAAGUUGAAAAAAAUAUGUUUUUUUUUCUCACAAUCCUCUGAUGAAAAAUCAUAAAUGAAAAAAUCGUAACACUUAUUUAUUAUUUAAUAUUAAAUUGAAUGUAAAUGUUUUUAUUUUUAUGCAACAUUUUUCAUCGCAGUAUGCGUUUCGCGUCCUAUUUAAAGAAAUACUAGUAAAAAACCAGUGGUUCCCAACUAAGACAAAGAAUGGUUUGCGAAAAAAAAAAAACUUAAGACUAUCCUGUCCAAUAAAUGCCUCGAUUAAAGCUCGAAUUAAACGAUUAAAGCGUAGGAUUUUUAGAUGUUUUUCUGUCAUAACAAACUUCUCCUGACAAUAACAAACACAACAAAAAUAAUCUGUCAAAUCGGUCCAGCCAUUCUCAAGUUAUGGCGUGACAACGGGAAACGGGUUUCAUUUUUAUAUAUAUAGAUAAAAAGAUCUUACUUUGAAAAUAGUAUUUUUAAUAAUCGUGGUGUCUAGCCCAAUGAGAAUGAUAUAUAAUUUACAUUAACCUCUAGUAUGACAGAGCGUAGAUCUCGAAACACAAUGCGUUUUGUAUUGUGUCUCAUUUCGACAGACCAGAGGUCUCUCCAUUCAAGAACUCUUCUACAAACCCCCUUUUUUGCAGUCAUUUAAUAAAUGUUAAUAUGCUAAAACCUGCUCCCAAGUGAACGGGUAACCGGGGCUCCGGCUCGACGUGCAGGAGAAGGAACGGGGUGGUUUUUAGUCAGUAAGAGUUUGACACUAAGGGCGGGAGCAGUCAUUCGAUGAUUUUCCCCCCUUAAAACAAAAGUGUAAUGAAUACUCUGUUGGAAACCGCAUCAAAAUCACUUCAGCUGAUUGCUAGAUAAUCAUGGACAAACAUACAGACAGGUCAGCUGUAAAUCCCCUUUUUUAAUGUCGGUUAAGAAGUGGUCUGGCCAGUAAAAGGUUGGGAACCCCUACUUUAGAUACAAACUUUCAAUGAAUAUACAGUAAUAUACGACUUUAUAAAGAAAAUGAGAAAAAAUUGUAAAAGUUAAUAUUGAUAUAAUUAAAUAAUUGCUGUUUUUAUAAUUCCAAUUAUAUUUGAUAAUUUAAUUAUUAUGAAUAAUUGUAAUUAAUUAUUAUUUCGACGUGCUUCAUUGGCAUAAUACAUAGUUGAUGUUAUUAAAUUGGUGAGUUAGGUUAUGUGCGCACUUGCGAUUAGUCGGUGGCGAUUGGUCGCAAAAACGUAUUAUUGUGUGAAUGGCAUUAGGUCGUAUUCAAAAUCAUUAUAAUAUGACUCCAAAUAAUACGGUAUUUGCCAACUAGUCAAAUUCAAUAUUUUUUUCGAACUGUAAAAAACGACAGUUUUCUAUGAAUUAU